CGCCUCCCUCCAGCCCGCAGCUUGGCGGAGGCGGCGCCUCUCCCGAAGAGCAGACCGGGCUGAGCGGCGAGCGGCGCGCGGCGGGAGAGGGACGGCGUGGGCCACCGCGCUCCGGCGGUGACAGCGGCGGCUGUAGGCGAGUGCGGUCCCCACGCACGCACACGCACACGCCGCCGGGCAGGCACCCACGGCCCCGGGCGGCCGGCUGAGGCACACACGCGGACACCCGCGAUCCGCGCGCACUCCUCGGCGCACACGCUCCCCAUCCCCGCGCGGCGCGGGCGCGGACUCGCCUCUGCGCGCCUCCCCGCGGAGUCUGCCCCGGGCCGACCCGCAGCAGCCCGCAUCCCCGAAGGCCCCGCCGGGAGCAGGCACCUUGGGGCUGACCAGCGGCUGCUCUGAGUGGGAGGUGAGCGGUGCCGGCCUGAGCCUCCUUGUGACUGAGAAGCGCCAUGGCCAGCAUCGUAUGGGCCUCCCUGGCUGCUCUCCUGCUGCUGCCUCUGAUGGCCGCCAUGCACUCCGACUGCAUGUUCAAGCAGGAGCAGGUCCUGUGCCUGGAGAAGAUCCGAAAGGCCAACGAGCUGAUGGGCUUGAACGCCUCCUCCCAUGGCUGCCCUGGGAUGUGGGACAACAUCACAUGCUGGAAGCCCGCCCGCGUGGGCGAGAUUGUCCUGGUCAGCUGCCCCAAGUUCUUCCAGAUCUUCGAUCCAGACCAAGUCUGGGAGACAGAAACCAUUGGAGAGCUUGGUUUUGAAGACAUUAAGUCCUUGGACCUCUCAGGCAUGAGGGUGGUGAGCCGGAACUGCACGAAGGACGGCUGGUCGGAGACCUUCCCUCAUUAUUUAGAUGCUUGUGGGUUUGAUGAAUAUAAUGAAUCUGAGUCUGGGGACCAGAAUUACUACUACAUGUCGGUGAAGGCCCUGUACACAGUUGGCUACAGCACGUCCCUCGUCUCCCUCACCACUGCCAUGGUCAUCUUGUGUCGCUUCCGGAAGCUGCAUUGCACCCGCAACUUCAUCCACAUGAACCUGUUCGCGUCCUUCAUGCUGAGGGCCAUCUCUGUCUUCAUCAAGGACUGGAUCCUGUAUGAGGAGCAGGACAGCAACCACUGCUUCAUCUCCACCGUGGAGUGCAAGGCCAUAAUGGUUUUCUUCCACUACUGCGUCGUGUCCAACUACUUCUGGCUGUUCAUCGAGGGCCUGUACCUCUUCACCCUGCUGGUGGAGACCUUCUUCCCCGAGAGGAGAUACUUCUACUGGUACACCAUGGUUGGCUGGGGGUCCCCAACCAUCUGUGUGUCGGUGUGGGCUGCGCUGAGGCUCUACUUUGACAACACAGGCUGCUGGGAUAUGAAUGACAGCACUCCUCUCUGGUGGGUGAUCAAAGGCCCCGUGGUUGGUUCCAUAAUGGUGAACUUCGGGCUCUUCGUGGGCAUCAUCUUCAUCCUCGUGCAGAAACUUCAGUCUCCGGACAUGGGAGGCAACGAGUCCAGCAUCUACUUAACAAAUAUAAGCCUGGGAGUCCCCAAGAAAACCCGAGAGGACCCCCUGCCUGUGCCCUCAGACCAGCAUUCACCCCCUUUCCUGCGGCUGGCGCGGUCCACCCUGCUGCUCAUCCCGCUGUUUGGGAUCCACUACACGAUCUUCGCCUUCUCCCCCGAGUAUGUCAGCAAGAGGGAGAGGCUGGUGUUCGAGCUGGGCCUGGGCUCCUUCCAGGGCUUCGUGGUGGCUGUUCUCUACUGCUUUCUGAACGGGGAGGUGCAGGCGGAGAUCAAGCGUAAGUGGCGGAGCUGGAAGGUGAACCGCUACUUCGCCGUGGACUUCAAGCACCGGCACCCGUCCCUGGCCAGCAGCGGGGUGAACGGGGGCACCCAGCUCUCCAUCCUGAGCAAGAGCAGCUCCCAGAUCCGCAUGUCCGGCCUCCCGGCUGACAACCUGGCCACCUGAGCCCCCUCCGCCCUCCUCUCCUCACGCCAGGCCGGGCUGCCAGUGGGCGCCGGCCACGCAUGUUGCCUCUUUUCUCCCUUCGGGCAGGCUCUGGGCCAGAAGCCGGGCUCCCCGAGGGGGGAGGAGGAUGCAGGUGCAGAGGGUAUUUCACCCCCCUUCCAAUUUGGCGCUGGCCCCACCCACCACAGACCCCUGGGCCCUGACCCCAGACGUGUAAAUACUCAUCAGAUGUGGGAAAGUUGUA